UAGGGUAGACCAGUUAGGCUAUUGCAUUCUCCCCGGGUCAGAACUGUUGGGACUUGAAGGGUGGUGGAGAGAGAGGGAAGGAGGGGUGGGGUAAGAUGAUUAUUUUUCACAAAGGAGCAAUGCUUUUUAUCAAAUUUUGAGUUGAAUAUGUCUCCAAAAAUAGAUUGCCAUUGAUUCUGGUCCCACAUUUAAUACUGAACUGUCACUAAAACCCACAAAUCUGUUUUUUUCCCAAAAGUAUAAUUGACAUAGCACAUUAUGUUAGUAUCAGAUGUACAGCAUAAUGAUUACCUAUUUACACCUCAAAAUGAUCACAGUAAGUCUAGUUCCCAUCUGUCACCAUGCAGAGUGACAAAAAACUUUUCUUCUUGUGAUGAGAACUUUUAAGAUUCUCUUGGCAACUUUCAAAUUUGAAAUACAAUGUUGACUAUAGUGACCACACUGUACGUUACAUCCCAUGACGUAUUUAUUUCAUAACUGGAAGUUUGUACUUCUUGACUCCCUUCAUCCAUUUUGCGCCCUCCUCCCAACUGCCCUCCCCGAGAGAGGUUUAUUUUUGAAGACAUGUUUAAGAGGUAGGAUUGACAGGGCUUGAUGUUGGGUUGGAUGGUAGAGGGAAAAGGUAAAUGUCAAGGUGUUUGGUGGCAUAGCUGGAUGAAUGAUGAUACCAUUCCCUGAGCAAGGGCCCUGGAAGAUGAUCACUUUUACGGAGGGGGGAGGGGUGCAGGGGAAACGAGCAUGAAUUCAGUUGUAAAUGCUUUGAGUUUGAGGUGCAUUUGAGACAUCUAGUUGCUAUUGCGUAGGCAGUGGAAUAUUUGGGUCCUGAGUGUGGAGAGUUCUAAGCCAAAUAUAGAAAUGCUUGACUCGUGUACUUCCAGGUGGUUAUUGACAUGUCAGCAGACGACUGCCUGGGAAAGGCAUGUAGAGUGAGGAAGGCUCCAAAGCCCAGCCAGAGGGAGAGGCCACAGUAACAAAAGGCACUGACCUCUAGUUACAGCAGAAAGAAAGAGGAUGGAUGCAGGUGUACUGAGUGACAUGAAUCAGAGUAUGUUGCUUUGCUCUUGUUGACUGAAUGAAGGAAUCAUGCUGUAUAACGGAACCAGUCUGCCCUGCUGUGUGCCUCUCCCUCCAGGAUGCCCGGUGGCACCACCCAUUCACCUCUCCACUGAAACUUCCGUCCCACCAACCCACUGACAGAACUCUUAUUAAAACUGAUCUGGGGCUAGACCCACUGGACGCGUUCUCAGACUUGUUAUUCCUUUGUGGGUCCUGUUGGCCCUGCCUCUGCCUCCCGCCUCCCGCCUCCCACCUCUGCUGACACCGCCCAGGUUCCGGCUUCAUCAGUUCUCAGGCAACACAGUUACCUUCUAACUGGUCCCCCUGCUUCCGGGGCACUUGAUCUCGCCUUUCACACUGUUGCCUGGAUGAUCUAAAAGACAAAAGCAAACAAAAACCAACUCCAUGGAGUCUGAAUCCCUGGAUUCGCAGUGCUCCUUCACGUCUGCCUUUGUGUGUGCUGCUGCUCAGCCUGGAGCGCCCCCCACCCCCACCCCCCCGUUCUUUGGCUUUUCCUAGCCCUUCUAUACCUAGAUCAAACUCUCAGCUCUUUGAAGACAGGGGCAGUCUGUGUCUCUACAAGUGCUUGGCACCCAGUAAAUGAUCAUGGGAUAAGUGGUUGGUUAUUCAUCUUCAAACUCCCAACACCCAGCAUGGCAUGGGUUGGAAGUGGAGUCUCUCCCUGGACCUGAUGACAACCAGCAUCAUGCAGUUACUAACUGCUCUACCCUCACCUAUUGAUGCCUCCCAGGAAAAAACGCCGCCAAAUUUCCCAGAAACCCCAGCUGCUAUUCUACCAACAACCACUGGAGGGCCCCAAACACUGCUGUGGGUCUCCCCAGCUUCCUGUCACCCACACUAGACAGGUGGCCAGCAAGCCUGUUGACCACAGCGCCAUCACUUCCUGGGUAUCACCUCAGUUUGAUACAACAGCAGAAAGCUGGUUCCCAGUCAACCGGAAAUGUCAUCACCGAGACCAGGCAAGGCGUUCAAGUCGAAAAUCUACCAGCUCCAAGUUUCCACACCUAACAUUUGAGAGUCCACAGUCUUCUGCCAGUUCAGCCAGACCUGGGAUCCCCCUAAUCAGGGACGGCCCCAGUCAACCAGAAAAGGACAUUUCUGGAAGGCCCUUGGUUCCCAUGCUCAGCCCCCAAAGCUGCGGGGAGCUGUCAGCACAUGCACUUCAGAACUUCCCUUAUGUGUUCAUUCCACCGGAUAUCCAGAGCCCAGAGGCCUCAGGGCAGGGAGGGCCCAUUCCCUCCGAGCAGAGGGAAAACAGCCUUCCCAGCUGCUCCCUUCGCACAAGCACGCCCAAGAGCCCAGAGCCCGGGCCUGUUCUGGUUAAAGACACUCCUGAGGAGAAGUACGGGAUAAAGGUCACGUGGAGGAGGCGACGACACCUGUUCACUUACCUCAGGGAGAGGGGCAAGCUGAGCAGAAGCCAGUUCCUUGUGAAAAACUGACUGGGUUUCCCGGACGUCCGUGGUCUCAAGAAAUUGAUUGCGGGAGUCAAACGGGAAUUGAAUUCCCACAUUUGCUUUUUAAAAUACCUUGUGUCAUGAACAGUUUUUAGUGUCAUAAACAGUUCACUUCGUAUUUUCCUUGUAUUAGCUGUUUAAAAUUUUUAAAUACCUUGUAACUGUUUAAAAAGUCUGUAGAUAAAUAAAUGGCUGCAGAAAGUUUUUAGAGAACCCUGCUUCUGUCGCUAAUGCAGCAGCACCGCCCCCGCUACAAAUGGGCUUUCUUAAUUGUUCCCUUUAACCACUGCUUAUUCAUCCUUUUAAACACCUCAUUCAAACUAAUUCAUUCCACAUGUCUGAGUACCGACUCCGUGACCGCUUCCUCUGUGACCAGAUGCACAGAAAAACUCAAAGCAAACUGACUCUUUGUAGUUGAGCUGCUGUCUCUGCAAUCUUGGCUCAUCUGCUGAGAGGGCUGGAUGAAGAAAGGGCAGCAAGCCUGUUUUAAUGAGUCAGUGGGACCAAGGGAGAUAAAGGGGACAUAGGUUACUUAGGGUUACUAUGUUUUGAAUUUUUGUUUCCAACUGUAGUAAUCUGUAAA